AUGAUUUCCCCUGCAUACCUUUCCGUGGUGGCUGCACUUGCAUCGUGCUGCGGCGCGUUUUCCAACUGCAGCUUCGGUGCGCAGUAUGCCAACGCCUCAUACAAAUCGGUAGAUGUCGUGAUUGUUGGGGGCGGCUCGUCGGGCUCCAACGCAGCCGUGCAUCUGAAGGAUGCCGGCCUGGACGUGCUAGUGGUCGAGAAGAACACCCAGCUGGGUGGUAUGGUCAACAGCUGGACCGAUCCUAGCACCGGCACUGUCUAUGACUACGGUGUGGCGGCCUACACCAACUACACCGGUACAUUAGACUUCUUUGCGCGGCUCGGCAUCAAUGUGACGACGGCGUCGUCGCUGGCGGUCGAGUCAACGUACGUCGACAUGAGCACGGGCUUGGCGAUCAACUACACGGCUCCGUCCCUGACGGACGAGGUGGUGGCGCUGGAGAAGUAUUACAACAUCUCGUCGCAGUACGCGGAUCUCUACCUGCCGUCGUAUGCCAACUGGCCUGCACCGACCGACAUACCCGAGGACCUCCUACUGCCGUUCCGCGACUUUGCCCAGAAGUACGACCUUGACGCGGCUCUGUUUCUGCUGUGGUGGACGAUCGUGUCGGGUUUGGGCAACAUGCUGGACGCGCCGACGCUGUACGUGUUCCAGACGUUUGGCCCGACGACAGCGGCGGCAUUCCUGGGCGAGGCGCCCGAGUGGGUGCCGGAAUCGAGGCGCAAUCAGGACAUCUACGACAAGAUCGCGGAGAUCCUGGGCGCACCGGCAGUGAUGACCAACAGCCUGGUGGUGUCGGCGCAGCGGCUGGCAGACAACGACGGCGUCACGCUAGUGGUCGAGGACCAGACGACCAUGGCAUACACGAUUGUCAACGCAAAGCGACUGGUGAUGGCCAUCGAGCCGACGGCAUCCAACGUGGAGCCGUUUGACAUGGACACCAAGGAGACGGCUGUGUUUGCCAAGGGCAACUGGAGCGCGGUCAACACGGGCAUCAUCACGCACCCGUCGCUGCCGGUCGACGGCCAGAUCAACAACCUGCCGGCUGCAGCGGAGAACGGCAACUACUAUGCGUACCCGACGGUGCCGUUUGUCGACUACUUUUCGUACAUUGGCGACAACCGGUGGCAGGUGAUUGUCGGCAGCUGGUAUGGAAUCACAGACGUCGAGGCGCAGGCGAUUGCCAGCGAGGCCAUUGAGAAGAUGGCAGCUGCAGGCACGAUCCCGGCGACCAACGGCACCAAGAUGGAGGUGCUAUCGUGGUCUAAUCACGGGGCCAUGGACAUGCGAGUGACGGCGGACGACCUUAAGGCUGGCUACAUCCAGGAGCAGUACUCGCUGCAGGGAUACCGGUCGACGUACUGGACGGGCGCAGCCUUCUCCAGUCAGCUGUCGACGUUUCUCUGGGCCUAUAAUGAGCAGUACCUAGUGCCGCUCGUAGCGACUGACCUUACGUAG